ACCUGCGUCAUCUCAACUUGUUACUGACUAACAGUCACUGUUUGAGGAAGAGGACAGACUGGCACAUCAAUGAUCAGCUCCUCUUUGGUACUAAGUGGAUAUUCUGAGAGGGAACCAUGAGUCGGGGAUCUAAGUCUAAAGGAGUUCAGGGGUACAGUCCCAGCUCUCUGCUGAGCCCACAGGAGAAUGAGAGGCUGGAGGACCUCCUGGGGAGGAGGUGUGCUUCCCUGGCCACGGCUGUAGUGCAGCUGUUUAUGGCCCUGCCACAUAGUCCCACCUGCUGGAGCCUGCAGCACACUGGGGUGGCCUGCUUCGUCAAGGACAACGUUCGCCGCUCCUACUUCAUUCGCCUCUUCGAUGUCAAGAAAGGACAGCUGACCUGGGAUCAGGAGCUCUAUAACCAAAUGGUCUACCACUGCCCCCGACCCUUCUUCCACGCAUUUGCUGCAGAUGACUGCCAAGUGGGGCUGAACUUUGUGAAUGAACAAGAGGCUGAAACGUUCCUAAAUGCAGUGGAAGACAAGAUAAACCAGAGAAACCGUCAAGUCUCAGAGAAGAAACAGCGCCCCCUGCUUUCCAAUGACAGAGGGGGGCUGCCUCCACCCCCUGGUAAAGGACCUGGGAGUCCCACUUCUCCCUCCAUGGCAACCAUAGACAUCCAGGCCUCACGCUACCACUCCGUCACACCUGUGCCCGCCCCUGCCUUUGUCAGUAAGGGAAAGAAGGACAAGAAAAAGGACAAGAAGAAGGGCAGUAAACUCUCCAAAGCAGACAUUGGAGCGCCCAGUGGGUUCACACACGUCAGUCAUGUGGGCUGGGAUCCCAACAACCUGGACCCUGACCUGAAGAAGCUGUUGUCCUGUGCUGGGAUCAGUGAGGCUGAGCUGAAGGACGAGGAGACCUCCCAACUCAUUCAACAAGUCAUCGAGAACUCAGGCGGCAUGGAGGCAGUCAAAAAGGCCAUGAACACUGAUCCUGGGCCUCCUCACCCUCCGCCUGGUAGGCUGGGUCCUCUACCCCCCGUACCAGGCAGCUGUUCCCCCUCUCCUGCCCCCCCUCCUCCACGGGGGGGUCGCUCCGGCCCCCUGCCCCCUCCCCCAGGACAGCCAGAACGAGGCCCGCCCCCCUCCCAUCUCCCUCCAUCACGUGAAGCCCUGCCACCUCCACCCCCGCCAAGCGGCCGAGGCGGACUCCCACCCCCUCCACCCUCUGUGUCCUAUACUUCUCCUCCCCCUCCCCCUCCCCCUGGCUACCAGCACUCCAUGCCAGCGCCUCCUCCACCUCCUCCCCCGCCUCCCCCAGCCCAGAGGUCUGGAGACUUCCCUCCUCCUCCACUCCCCUGGAAAGGUCCCCCACCACCUGCUCCUGCAUCUACAGGAGGAGGGGGCGGAUGUGAAGGAGGUGAAAUAGGAGCUCUGCUGGACCAGAUCCGCCUGGGGAGGAAGCUCAAAAACGUCCCAGACAGUCCUGAGCCACCUCCGCCUGCCGAGACAGACUCAGAGGGCAUCGUAGGAGCUCUGAUGAUGGUCAUGCAGAAGAGGAGUAAAGUAAUCCACUCCUCUGAUGAAGGUGAAGAAGGAGGGUAUGAUGAUGAAGAUGAUGAUGAAUGGGAAGACUGAUGAGUGCAUUCCUUACUGUAUUAUUUUCCACUCUGUAACCAUGGACUCCACAGUCUGGUUUAUCUGGUUCAUCUCUUUUGUGUUGGUGUUUUAGUAUCAGUUGCUGACUGGAAGGUGACUCAUGUAGAUGUACACCUGAAGAAUGCUACAGAUAAGGAUGAUGUGAAAGUCCCAAAUGUGAGAGAAAUCAACAGAACGUAGGACAGAGAAAGAUUUGAUGGGAUCACAUAUCUUUAUAUUUAUCGUUUGAACAUUUCCAGUGUAGGACUUAUGCUGAAUAUGUACAACACAUUACAGUAUAUUGCUCAAUAUUAUUAGAAAAGAUGGUGAGGUCUUCUUCACAAAGUCUUCUUUAUACCCGUUCCCAUUAAAAGUGACAAUUUGA